AUGGAUCAUAUAGGGGCUCACCACCUCCACCAGAACCACGCCGAGCCCAUCAGCUUUGGAAUCGACCAGAUCCUCAACAACCCGGACCAAGGCAGCUGCAUGAUUUCCGGCUCCCGGCUGCAAGACUCCUCCGACUACGGCUUGAGCUGCAUCGUCAGCAGCGCCUACAACACCAUGACGGGCAGCUACGGGGCGAACGGCGGCUCGGCCGGGGCUUACCCGGGCGCCUGCAGCAUGGCUUCCCUGCCGGGCUCCUACAACGUCAACAUGGGGGUGGCCAUGAACGGGAACAGCCUGAGCUCGGCGGGGGGCGUGAUCCGGGUGCCGGCGCACAGGCCGCUGGCUGGCGGGGGGCACCAGCCCCUCUCCACCGGGAUGCCCACCGUGCCCUCGGUGAACACCAUGAACAACCUCACGGGACUCACUUUCCCCUGGAUGGAGAGCAACAGGCGAUACACGAAAGACAGGUUCACAGGUCACCCCUACCAGAACCGGACGCCGCCCAAGAAAAAGAAACCCCGGACGUCUUUCACCCGGCUGCAGAUCUGCGAGCUGGAGAAGCGGUUCCACCGGCAGAAGUACCUGGCCUCGGCCGAGCGGGCCGCCCUGGCCAAGGCCCUCAAGAUGACAGAUGCCCAGGUGAAGACCUGGUUCCAGAACAGGAGGACAAAAUGGAGGCGACAAACUGCAGAGGAGAGGGAGGCCGAGAGACAGCAAGCCAACCGUAUCCUCAUGCAGCUCCAGCAGGAGGCCUUCCAGAAAAGCAUCAAUCAGCCCCUCCAGGCAGACCCCAUCUGUGUCCACAACUCUUCCCUCUUCGCCCUCCAGAACCUCCAGCCUUGGUCUGAUGACUCGUCCAAGAUCACCAGCGUCACCUCCGUCGCCUCUGCUUGUGAAUAG